AUGGCUAUCUUCACUAUCAUAUUGGCAGUCUUGACGACGGCCGCCAAUGCUUUGCCUGGCAAUAGUAGCUACAAAGACUAUGUCAACCUCUUUCUCGGGACCGAAAAUGGCGGCAACAUGUUUCCAGGCGUAUCUCAACCCUUCUCCAUGGUCAAACUCGGUCCAGAUGUCGAGAACGGCAAGACAGAUGCGUAUAGUGGCUACCUACCUUCCGGCCAAGUCUGGGGCUUCAGCAUGAUGCACGAAAGUGGUACGGGCGGAGCACCGAAGUAUGGUGUCGUCAGCCAGAUGCCGGUCGUAGGCAACCUUUCCAAUCCUCUCGUGGACCUGGGCCAGAACAGGAGUGUGAACGAUACUGCCGCAGUGGGCUACUACAAGUCCAGCCUAGUGAGCGGUGUAGAUGUCGAGCUCGCUGCCACCGAUCAUGCUGGUUUCUACCAGUAUUCGUUCCCUGGGAAUGAUAGCUCAUCGAUAGUAGUCGACGUUUCUCAUGUCUUGCCGUCCUUCAGAGGUCUUGGCUGGGGACAGGGAUAUGCCGGCGGAAGCUUGAGUAUCAGCGACAACGGCAGUAGCUACCAAGGGCAUGGCAUCUACAACAAUGGCUGGAAUUACUCCCCGAACUGGACCAUAUACUUCUGUGGCCACUUCGAUCAAGCUCCUAUAUCCACCAAGACAUUCACGGGUAACGGAAGCACGUUGUAUAGAUACGACAACUCCAGAUCGACCAAUGGGACCUAUCGGCAAGGUGGCGUGUUCCAUUUCGAGCAAGAACGGGUCACGUCACGAGUCGGCAUAUCAUCAAUCUCGGCUGCGCAGGCGUGUAGCAGUCUUCAUGACGAGAUGCCUGUGGGCACUACUGUAGACCAUCUGGUCUCUCAGACGCAGAGUCGUUGGGAUGAACAAGUGUUUGGCAGAGUGACGACGACCGAGACCAAUACCACUGUCCUGACGCAGCUGUACUCGUACAUGUACGGCAUGAUGUUGAUUCCAAGCAACCGCACAAACGAGAACGCACUAUGGAAGUCCUCCGAGCCACACUACGAUGAUAUCUUCACGAACUGGGAUUUAAGUAGAUGUAGCACGGCGUUGAUGCAAGUACUCCAACCGACUGCCUACGAAGAGCAGAUCCGCAGUCUCAUCGAUAUCUGGCGACACGAAGGCUGGCUCCCCGAUGCUCGCUCGUCCGACUAUACCGGCAGGACGCAAGGCGGAUCUAACGCAGAUAACGUCCUUGCAGAUGCAUAUGUCAAGGGCGUACGAGGCGGCGUGGACUGGACAGAUGGCUUCGCCGCCAUGCAGACGGAUGCAGAAGUAGUACCUCCGAACAACUUCGACCCGGUCGCCAACGACUCGUCGACGAAAGAAGGUCGUGGUGCGCUACCCGACUGGAAGCAGUAUGGCUACAUCACACCACGGUUUUCCCGUGCCGUGUCGAGGGGAGUUGAGUACGCCGUCAAUGACUUCAGUUUGUACCAAGUCGCUAGCGGUCUCGACCUCGCCAGCGAUGCAUCUCGAUAUCUCAAUCGUUCUCGCAAUUGGCGUAAUCAUUGGAAUCCGGCACAGAAGUCUUUCAAUUCGUCUGGCUUUUUGGUUCCUCGUUAUGCAAACAGCAGUUUCGAGUAUCCGUACGAUCCAACCCAAUGUGAUGGAUGCUACUGGAGCGAUCCCUACUACGAAGACACUCCAUGGUCGUACUCCUUCAAUGCCCAACACGACAUCUACCGCUUGAUCUCGCUUAGCGGCGGUCGUGAAGCGUUCAUAGAGCGACUCGAGACGUUCUUCACACCAGGCCUGUACCCCGGGAACGCCGCAUACGGCAGUACAUUGUUCAACCCGGGAAAUGAACCAGCAUUCAAUACGCCCUAUCUUUUCAAUUUCGUCGGCAGGCAAGACCUCUCAGUCAAGUACUCCCGACAUGCAGCACUGGCAUUCUACAAUGCAGGUCGUGGCGGUAUACCCGGCAACAGCGACGCUGGCGCCAUGCAGACAUGGAUUCUCUGGAACAUGAUAGGUCUGUAUCCCAUGACGGGCCAGACGACCUUCUUGAUCGGGUCUCCGUGGUUCAAGCACUUGUGUAUCUCACUCGGAGAGGGCAAGUCCUUGACCAUUACCUCCACUGGUGGUAACAAAGAUGAUGCGUAUUUUGUGCAGAGUCUGAAGGUCAAUGGGCAGAGCUGGGGUAAGGCUUGGGUGACUUGGAAUGAUGUAUUUGCGAACGGCGGGACGCUGGACUUUGUACUGGGUGCCGAGCCGGUGUUUUGGGCGAAUGGUACACUCCCACCUAGCCCUGCGUCUGGCGAUACGUUGACGGGCUAUACAUGA